CGCUGCACCCCCCCCCGCCCUCCCCACCCCCAGGCUCGGGCUCUCGCUCUCCGGCUCCCGUUGCAGCUUCGCCCCCGCUGUUGCGGCGCGACCGUGUCCCAGGCUCGGCCUCGAACGGGCCAGCCGCCGGGAGCCCCACGCCACGCGCGAUGCGGGCCGUUCAGCCGGGACCUGUGCCCUCCGGGCCGCGCGUCGCGCUCCUGCCUCCGCUGCUGCCUCCGCCACCGCUCCUGCUGCUGCUGCUGCUGCUCGUGGCGGCCCCGGGCUCCGCGCAGGCCCAGGCCGCGGACUUGGCCGCUCUGUGCAGCUACACUUGGGAAGCUGUUGAUUCCAAAAACAACGCAGUUUAUAAGAUAAACGUCUGUGGAAAUGUGGAUCUUCCAGAGUGUGGGCCGACAAGUGCUGUUUGUAUGUGUGACUUAAAGACAAAAACCUUUCGAUCAGUGGGCGAUACUCAUUUGAGAAGUUCAUCCAGAUCCCUCCUGGAAUUCAACACCACCACGGACUGCCACCCUUCAGAUUCCCAGCACAGAACGCAGAGCAGCAUUACGUUUCUGUGUGGGAAGACCCUGGGAACUCCUGAGUUUGUGACUUCCACAGACUGCGUGCAUUACUUUGAAUGGAGGACUACUGCAGCCUGCAAGAAGGACAUAUUUAAAGCUGAUAAGGAGGUGCCAUGCUAUGCAUUUGAUGAGAAGUUAAAGAAGCAUGAUUUAAACCCACUGAUCAAGUUGAGUGGUGGCUACCUGGUAGACGAUUCUGAUCCUGACACAUCUCUGUUCAUCAACGUGUGUCGAGACAUAGACUCCCUUCGGGAUCCAAGCUCACAGCUGAGAGCCUGUCCUGCUGGCACUGCCGCCUGUCUGCUGAAGGGAGACCAGGCGUUUGAUGUUGGCCGGCCGAAGGAGGGACUGAAGCUGGUGAGCAAGGACAGGCUUGUUCUGACUUAUGUGAAGGAAGAGGGUGAAAAGCCAGACUUCUGUAAUGGUCACAGCCCUGCAGUGACGAUAACAUUUGUGUGCCCAUCUGAGCGAAGAGAGGGCACCAUUCCCAAACUCACGGCCAAGUCCAACUGUCGCUAUGAGGUUGAGUGGAUCACCGAAUAUGCCUGCCACAGAGAUUACUUGGAGAGUGAAACGUGCUCCCUAAGCAGUGAGCAGCAUGACAUCACCAUUGACCUCAGUCCCUUGGCCCAGCAUGACGGGCCCUCCUAUGUUUCUGAUGGAAGAGAGUAUACAUUUUAUAUAAAUGUCUGUGGGACAAAGGGCCGAACCUGUAAUAACAAAGAGGCUGCUGUUUGUCAAGAGAAGAAGGCGGAUUUAACCCAAGUCAAAAUAGCAGGAAGACACCAGAACCAGACCCUCCGGUACUCAGAUGGAGACCUCACCUUGAUCUAUUCUGGAGGUGAUGAGUGCAGCUCUGGCUUCCAGCGAAUGAGCGUCAUCAACUUUGAGUGCAACAAAACCGCAGGUAAAGAUGGAAGAGGAGAGCCUGUGUUCACAGGUGAGGUGGACUGCACCUACUUCUUCACGUGGGACACGAAGUAUGCCUGUGUCAAAGAGAAGGAAGAUCUCCUCUGCGGGGCUACCGAUGGCAAGAACCGUUAUGACCUGUCUGUGUUGGCUCGCCACUCAGAAUCGGAGAAGAACUGGGAAGCAGUGGAUGGUGGCCAGGCUGAAUCAGAGAAGAAGUAUUUCUUCAUCAAUGUCUGUCACCGAGUGCUGCCGGAGGGCCAGGCCAGGAACUGUCCUGAAGAUGCUGCUGUGUGUGCUGUGGAUAAGAAUGGAAGUAAGAACCUCGGAAAAUUUGUUUCUUCUCCUACAAAAGAGAAAGGACACAUGCAGCUCUCUUACUCUGAUGGUGACGACUGUGGUAAUGCUAAGAAGAUAACAACUAACAUCACACUCGUGUGCAAACCAGGUGAUCUAGAAAGUGCUCCAGUGUUGAGAACUACAGGACCUGAUGGUUGCUUCUAUGAAUUUGAGUGGCACACAGCUGCUGCCUGUGUGUUGUCGAAGACAGAAGGAGAGAACUGCACGGUCUUUGAUGCCCAGGCAGGGUUCUCUUUUGAUUUGUCUCCUCUCACAAAGAAGAAUGGUGCUUAUAAAGUUGAGACAGAGAAGUAUGAUUUCUACAUAAAUGUUUGUGGCCCUGUAUCCAUGGACCCUUGCCAGCCAAACUCAGGGGCCUGCCAGGUAGCAAAAAGUGAUAAGAAGUCUUGGAACCUGGGGCUGAGCAAUACUAUCCUUUCUUACUAUGAUGGGAUGAUCCAGCUGAGCUACAGGGAUGGCACGCCUUAUAACAAUGAAAAGCACACACCGAGAGCCACACUGAUCACCUUUCUUUGUGACCGAGACGCUGGAGUGGGCUUCCCAGAAUAUCAGGAAGAGGACAACUCUACCUACAACUUCCGGUGGUACACCAGUUAUGCCUGCCCAGAAGAGCCCCUGGAGUGCAUGGUGACAGACCCCUCCAUGAUGGAACAGUAUGACCUCUCUAGUCUAGUGAAGUCUGAAGGUGGCCGUGGAGGAAACUGGUACGCCAUGGAAAACUCCCGGGAACAUGUCACACGGAGGAAAUACUACCUCAACGUGUGCCGGCCUCUGAAUCCUGUGCCUGGCUGUGAUCGAUAUGCUUCUGCUUGCCAGAUGAGAUAUGAAAACAAGGAGGGCUCCUUGGCUGAGACUGUAUCCAUCAGUAACUUGGGAGUUGCAAAGACAGGCCCUGUGGUGGAGGAGAGUGGCAGCCUCCUCUUAGAAUAUGUGAACGGCUCUGCUUGCACCACCAGUGAUGGCCGACUAACCACCUACAGCACCAGGAUCCAUCUCGUCUGUGGUCGGGGACGCCUGAACACCCACCCCAUCUUCACUCACAACUGGGAAUGUGUGGUCAGUUUCCUGUGGAACACAGAGGCUGCCUGCCCUAUCCAGACGAUCACAGACACAGACCAGGCUUGCUCUAUAAGGGACCCCAACAGUGGAUUUGUGUUUAAUCUUAGCCCACUGAACAGCUCUCAAGGAUACGUGGUCUCUGGCAUUGGAAAGACUUUUUUGUUCAAUAUCUGUGGUACAAUGCCUGUCUGUGUAACGGACAAAGAAAAGCUAGCCUUUGGCUGUGAGGCAGGAACCCAGACAGAAUUGGAGAACCUGAAACCAGAAAGGCCAGUGGGAAUGGAAAAGAGCCUCCAGUUGUCUACUGAGGGAUUCCUCACUCUGACCUACAAAGGGUCGUCUUCUUCCUCAGACAAAGGCACAGCAUUCAUCAUCCGUUUCAUUUGCAACGAUGACAUUUACCCGGGAACCGCCAAGUUUCUGCAUCAGGACAUCGACUCUACACGAGGGAUCCGGAACACUUUCUUUGAGUUUGAAACUGCAUUGGCUUGUGUUCCUUCUCGAGUAGAUUGCCAAGUGACUGACCCAGCUGGGAAUGAGUAUGACCUGAGUGCCCUGAGCAUGGCCAGGCAGCCGUGGACUGCCGUGGACACCUCGGUGGACGGAAAGAAGAGGAUCUUCUACCUGAGUGUCUGCAGUCCCCUCCCGUACAUCCCCAGAUGUCACGGCACUGCAGUGGGGUCCUGCUUGGUGUCAGAAGACCGAGGUCUGAACUUGGGUGUGGUGCAGAUCAGUCCCCAGGCUGACACCAAUGGGUCCCUCAGCAUCCUGUACGUCAAUGGCGACAAGUGUGGAAGCCAGCGCUACUCCACCAGGAUAAUCUUCGAGUGUGGGCAGACGUCGGGCUCACCCAUAUUCCAGUUCCUGAAAGACUGUGAGUAUGUGUUUUUGUGGAGAACAGUGGAGGCUUGUCCUGUGGUCAGAGAGGAAGGAGACAACUGCCAGGUGAAAGACCCCAGGCAUGGCAAUUUGUAUGACCUGAAGCCCCUGUCCUUCAAUGACACCAUCAUCACUGCUGGCGAGUACACCUACUACUUCCGGGUCUGUGGGAAGCUGUCCUCCAAUGUCUGUUCUGGCCAUGAUGGAUCCAAGGUAGUCUCUUCAUGCCAGGAAAAGAAAGGACCGCAGGGAUUUCAGAAAGUGUCAGGGCUCCUUACUCAGAAGCUGACUUACGAAAAUGGACUGUUGAAAAUUAACUACACCGGGGGCGACACCUGCCACAAGGUGUACCAGCGCUCCACCACCAUCUAUUUCUACUGCGACCGGACUACUCAGAAGCCAGUGUUUCUGAGGGAGACUUCAGACUGCUCCUAUUUGUUUGAGUGGCGAACACAGCACGCCUGCCCACCCUACAGUGUGACAGAGUGUUCCACCCAGGAUGGGGCUGGAAACUCCAUUGACCUCUCCUCACUGACGAGAUACAGUGACAACUGGGAGGCUGUGACCAGGACAGGAGCCCCUGAGCACUACCUCAUCAAUGUGUGCAAGUCUCUGUCUCCACAGGCUGGCAAUGAGCCGUGCCCUCCAGAGGCAGCCGUGUGUUUGCUGAAUGGCUCCAAGCCUGUGAACCUUGGCAAGGUGAGAGAUGGUCCUCAGUGGACAGGUGGUGUGACUGUCCUGAAGUAUGUGGAUGGUGACUUGUGUCCAGACAAGAUUCAGAAAAGGUCAACCAUUAUUCGCUUCACCUGCAGUGACAGCCAAGUGAGCUCCAGGCCUCUGUUCAUCAGUGCUAUACAGGACUGUGAGUAUACCUUCUCCUGGCCCACGCCUGCUGCAUGUCCUGUGAAGAGCAACAUACAUGAUGACUGCCAAGUCACCAACCCCAGCACAGGCCAUCUGUUUGACCUGCGUUCCUUAAGUGGCAAAGCUGGUACCACGGCCUCCUACAGUGAGAAAGGGCUGGUCUAUAUGAGCAUCUGUGGAGAGAACGAAAACUGUGGCCCUGGUGUGGGGGCCUGCUUUGGACAGACCAAAAUCAGUGUGGGUAAGGCCAGCAAGAGACUGAGCUACGUGGAUCAAGUCUUGCAGCUGGUGUAUGAGGAAGGGUCCCUGUGUCCCUCCAAAUCAGGCCUGAGGUACAAGAGUGUCAUCAGCUUUGUGUGCCGGCCUGAGGCUGGACCUGCCAACAGGCCCAUGCUCAUCUCUUUGGACAAGCAAACGUGUACACUCUUCUUCUCCUGGCACACACCCCUGGCCUGUGAGCAAGUGACAGAAUGCACUGUGCGGAAUGGAAGCUCAAUUAUUGACUUGUCCCCUCUCAUUCAUCGCACUGGUGGCUAUGAAGCAUAUGAUGAAAGUGAGGAUGGUACCUCUGAUACCACCCCUGACUUCUACAUCAACAUCUGCCAGCCUCUGAAUCCCAUGCACGGAGUGCCCUGCCCUGCAGGGGCUGCAGUGUGCAAAGUCCCUGUGAACGGGCCCCCUAUAGACAUUGGCCGAGUCACAGGUCCUCCAAUAUUCAAUCCUGUGGCGAACGAAGUUUAUUUGAACUUUGAAAGCAGUACUCCUUGCUUAGCGGACAAGUAUAUGAACUACACCUCGCUCAUCGCGUUUCACUGCAAGAGAGGGGUCAGCAUGGGAACUCCUAAGCUGAUAAGGACCAAUGACUGUGACUUUGUGUUUGAGUGGGAAACUCCGAUCGUCUGUCCCGAUGAAGUGAAGACACAGGGCUGUGCUGUGACGGACGAGCAGCUUCUCUACAGCUUCAACCUGACCAGCCUCUCCACAAGCACUUUCAAGGUCACUCGCGACUCUCACACAUACAGUAUAGGGGUGUGCACUGCAGCAGAUGGCCUGGACCAGGGAGGCUGCAAGGACAGCGGCGUCUGUCUGCUUUCUGGGAGCAAAGGGGCAUCUUUUGGUCGCCUAACAUCAAUGCAGCUGGAUUACCGGCACCAGGACGAAGCAGUCAUUCUGAGUUAUGUGAAUGGUGACCCUUGCCCUCUAGAAACGGAAGAUGGCGACCCCUGCGUCUUCCCCUUCAUCUAUGAAAGGAAGACCUAUGAGGCCUGUGCUUUGGAGGGACGGUCAAAGCUGUGGUGUAGCAAAACUGCAAAUUAUGAUCGUGACCAUGAAUGGGGCUUCUGCAGACAGACCAACAGAUACCGGAUGUCUGCCAUCAUAUUUACAUGUGAUGAAAAUGAAGAUAUUGGGAGGCCAGAAGUCUUGAGUGAAGAUCGUGGGUGUGAGGUGACAUUUGAGUGGAAAACAAAAGUUGUCUGCCCUCCGAAGAAGAUGGAGUGCAAGUUCGUUCAGAAGCACAAAACCUACGACUUGCGGUUGCUCUCUUCCCUCACAGGAUCCUGGGACUUUGUCCAUGAAGGAACCUCGUACUUUAUCAAUCUGUGUCAAAGAGUAUAUAAAGGGCCCCUGGACUGUUCUGAAAGGGCCAGCGUUUGCAAGAAGAGUCUAUCUGGUCAAGUCCAGGUUCUGGGGCUUGUUCAUACACAAAAGCUGGAUGUCAUAGGUGACAAGGUCGUUGUCACUUACUCAAAAGGCUAUCCUUGCGGUGGGAAUAAGACGGCAUCGUCUGUAAUUGAGUUGACCUGUGCGAAGACUGUGGGCAGGCCGACAUUCAAGAGGUUUGAUAGUGACACCUGCACCUACUACUUUGGCUGGGACUCGAGGGCGGCCUGCGCUGUGAGGCCUCAGGAAGUGAGCAUGGUGAAUGGGACCCUCAUCAACCCUGUGACCGGCAAGAGCUUCAGCCUCGGCGACAUCUACUUUAAGCUGUUCAGCGCCUCUGGGGACAUGAGAACCAACGGGGACAACUACCUGUAUGAGAUCCAGCUCUCCUCCAUCACCAGCUCCACUAACCCUGCCUGCUCUGGUGCCAACAUCUGCCAGGUGAAGCCCAAUGACCAGCACUUCAGCAGGAAAGUGGGCACCUCCGACAGGACCAAGUACUACAUCCAAGAUGGCGAUCUGGAUGUGGUGUUUGCCUCGUCCUCCAAGUGUGGGAAAGAUAAGACCAAGUCUGUCUCCUCCACCAUCUUCUUCCACUGUGACCCUCUGGUGAAGGAUGGGAUCCCAGAGUUCAGCCACGAGACUGCUGACUGCCAGUACCUGUUCUCCUGGUAUACUGCGGCUGUCUGUCCUCUGGGUAUGGCCUUGGAUGGUGACAAUGCAGGACCAGAGUACAAGGGACUCUCAGAGCGGAGUCAGGCCGUCGGGGCCAUUCUCAGCCUUCUCCUGGUGGCGCUAACUGGCUGUUUGCUGGCCUUGUUGCUUUAUAAGAAGGAGAGAAGGGAAGCUGUGGUCAACAAGCUAACCAACUGCUGCAGAAGAAGCUCGGGUGUGUCCUACAAGUACUCGAAGGUCAACAAGGAAGAGGAGACAGAUGAGAAUGAAACAGAAUGGCUGAUGGAAGAGGUCCAGCCGCCAACCCCAAGACCAGGCAAAGAGGGGCAGGAGAACGGCCACAUCACCACCAAGGCCGUGAAAGCAGAUGCUCUCACUUCACUGCACGGGGAUGACCAGGACAGUGAGGACGAAGUCCUGACCAUUCCAGAGGUGAAAGUUCACUCGGGCAGAGGAGCCGAGGUAGAAAGGUCACAGCCCAUGAGAAACCCACAGUGCAAGGUCCUUAGGGAAAGGGAGGACGAUAGGGUAGGGCUGGUCCGAGGAGAGAAGGCCAGAAAAGGGAAGUCCAGACCUGGACAGCACAAGUCACCCACCUCUGCCACGCUGGUGUCCUUCCAUGACGACAGCGACGAAGACCUCUUGCAUAUCUGACUCCGCGGUGCCUACAGGAGAACGUGGAGCCAUGGGACAGCCAAGCACCUCCAACCAAAUAAGACUUCAACUCGAUGAUGCUUCUAUCAUUUUGCCUUUAACAAAAACUGCUUCAAAGGGAAGAGUUUUUGUGACGGGGGAGAGGGUGAAGGAGGUGGCACCCCUCCUUCAUGGUCGUUUACAGUCAUGGAACAAGUGUUGCUUGAAUUGGCCAAAGGGCGGUACUUCGUGCCAGGGUUUUGCCCCAAGUCCUCACUUCCAAGCAUAGCUGCAGUGUGCUUCCUUCCAACAGGUGCCAAGGCCACAUGCAUCUCAGCACAGAGGGCUGUGUUUGAAAAAACCCUUGCUGCUUUAGACCCUCUAGGGUGUUUGACCAUUUAUAUUUUUAGCAAUGUAAUUCUCUCCCCCUAUUUAUUGACUCCGACAAUUACUACUCAGGUUUGCGAAAAACAAAACAAAAAGAAAAAAGCCAGUUUCUUCUGCCAGCAAGGGUGUGAUGAGGAGAAGCUGGCAGUGUGCUGGGGCCGUCGCGUGGCUCCUGGACUGUCCUGGAUACACACGCUAGUGAGCUGCAGUAUUCCUCUUCGCUUUCCAUGUUGUAGGCACGCACGUCCACAGGUCCCUGAGUGCCCAGGCUGGGAAGGCCUGCCUGCUCCAUGCCUCGCAUUGUACCUGCAGCUCUUUGCACGCAUCCUCCUGGGUGCUGCCUUCCCAGCAGCUCACCCAGAGAAGGACUUUUGUACACGUGACUGGAGUUGAGGCAACACGGAGAGUAGCUGCACUUCCAGUUUGGGUUGUAGGUCUCUUCAGGUUCUCAUGAUACCACCUUUACUGUGCUUUUUUUUUUUUUAAAGGGGAAAAAGUGUUUAUCAUCCAUUUGACCUAUAAGAAGCCUUAAUUUGCACAGGGUGACUUACAGACAUCGUGUGGAACACGGUGGGCCAGUGUUAUGUGUGGACCUGUGCCCGGGCAGGGUCCCAGGAUUGAAAGGCAGGCCCGGUGUUCUUCCACUGGCUGUGGACUUUUCUUGACGUGUUCAGUGACUUCUCACAUUGUAGGACUGUGCAUAGGUGGUAUCUACACACCGAAAAGCGAACCGCCCUGCAGAUUUCUUGGUUUAUGCCAAUUUGGCUGGCUUAUUUGAUUUCAACAUGAGUGUAUUUUUAAAAAUUGAUUUUUCUGUUCAUUUUUUUCAAUCAACUUUACUGUAAUAUAAAGUAUUCGAUUUCAAUAAAAAAUAAAUUAUUAAUUAGGUGUAAAUGACACCCCCCCCCCUUGAUUAUGGCCACUUGCUGAGCUAGUGGUCAUUCUGAUUGCCUGGUUUUUCUUUCUGUCUAAAUUUUAAAAGGCAUUUGCUUUUGGGUUGCCUUUUCCUGAAGCUGGCCCACUUGUGUGCUAAGUCAGCUUUACCUGGGUCUGAAGGCUCCAUUCUUGCACAUAAGUCUCUGUAUUUCCAUCUACCAAAGCAAAGCUGCCAUUCCUCUCCAGUGACCAGUAAAGCCUCUUUGUGUGCGGCCCAGGCUAGGCCCGAGUAAAUUCAUGCAUCUUUAUCUUAACUGAGAGUUGACCCCAGUCGUCCCGAUAGUCAUCGAUGUGCUGUCUGAAGUGUCUGUUGACCAGUUGAAGAUACCAGACAUAAUCCAUGUGUUUUAAAUAGAACAUUUGUGACGGGAAGAGAUCUUGUGUGUCCCACUCGAGUGUCCAGGGUAUGAAUCGUCUGUGUCCAGUGUGUGUGUCCUCUGUACCACUCGUGACUCAUCAGACCAGCCCUUCGAUGCCAUGGUACGUAUAUGCCGACUGCUCUGACACCCCUUCUAAGACGUAGCCUGCCUCGUGGAGCCUAGAACUUGCUCUGUAGCCACAGAUGAUCUUGAACUUUGGAUUCUUUGGGCUCUGCCUCCACCUGACUGCUGGGAUUAUAGAUGUGUGUUUCCAUGCCCACUUCUUGUGGUAUUAGGGACCAACCCAGGGCUUUGUGAUAUGGGACAAGAUCUGCCUACUCCUGAGCUGUAUUUCUAGCCCAUUGCCCAGGUAGUCUGUCCGGGGGGUGGGGGAUCUUAUAGCCGUUCUCCCUUCCUCUCCAUACACAGGGGCCUUUGCAGAGGCCCAUUGCCCCUUGGUAAGCUCAGUAGCAGAGAAGGGUAUUGGCUUUGCUGGCUCCUGUCUUGUGGGCUUAGCUCUGGCCCUCAUCAGGGAAGAGGAUGUGCCAAGAGGUGUGGAUGCUUUUGCCCUGCCUCCUCCUCCCUCCAGCCUCAGAGAAUAUAGCUCAGUGAUCCUCGCCUGCUCUUGGUACAGAAUCUUUUGGCAAAACCUGCCUAAGAGCAAGUAGGAGGAAGUUGCAUCUUCAGAAAAAAUCUUAUUGAACAGAAUGCUGCCUUCGUAUUUUAUUUUGCUUUUGUCACGGUUUUCUGUGCCUCUGUUUGAGUGUUGAAUGCUGAUGGAAUGAAUGGGGAGUUAAGGACGAUGCAGGCAAAGCCUCGCUGAGCUUCCUGGAGAAGCGGGAAUGGGUUAUCAGAGACACUGCAAAGCACUUGAGGCCCCAGUGUCAGCCACUACUCAGCAUUAUACAGCCAAGCCCUUGGGAAGGGCUGCAGUCACCCUGUUAGAAUACCUGUGGAUGAUGGUUCAGAGUCAAGGGCCCAUUGGUCCCUUCUGUCCCUCCUCCCCCUUCUCCCCCUCCAGCAUCAUGGCCCUUAGACUGGGGACUAUGGUAUAGAGGACACUGACUUUCUAGAAUCCCUAUUUCAGCCUCUGAGGAGCCCAUGCCCAGCUGUGUGCUUCUCUGGUCAGGACCCUCUGCUGAGCUCUCACCCUAAGCUUGGGCUUCCUGUAGGUUCUGGCUGUAGUUAUUCUAGAACUACCGCAUAGUCACAUGGCUCGAGGGAGCAGGAAGGUGUUCCCAAUGCUCAUAUUGAUUUGUAUAGAUAGAAUGGAGGAGCUACCUUUGCUCACAGCCCUGGGAGGGUCAAGCAGUUUCCGGGGCAGUCUCAGAAAAAUGUGGAGAGAAAUGACAGGGCACAGGGAGACCAACUGCUCUCACCCUGGGGCUCACUGGGUAGGCUUGAAGCCCAUUUGCCAUUCCUGCUGAGUCAUUGCUGACUUUUCCUAGCGUAUCCCCCAAAGCCUACCGCUAGUCCUUUCGGCAGGACUAGGUCAUUCCCAUUUUACUAGGAAGGUCAGCUGGAUUUCCUUGGUCACAUCUAGAAUAAUCUAGGAAGUCAGUACUUCAUAGGACCUAGGCUUAUCCUCCAGCCUGGCUUCUCCCUUUCCUGGGGAACCCAGCCUCAGUUCUUGCUCCUGUAUCUAUGUCACCCCCUGUCCCUUCCUUGGCUCCAGGAGGUACCCGUACCUGGAGUCCACUGAGGCAGAAAGCACCACGUGGAAUUUAUGUCUAGUUGGACAUUGGGUGAGUUAAGCUGAUGCAUAGACUGUUUUGGAAAAUGUGCCACUGGUGUCUGGUGAAUUGAUUUAUUGAGACAUGACUCAGGGCAGAUGACCUGUGAUCUUAGUUUGUUUGCAUAUGACACAACACUGGAGACUAGUAAUUUCUAAAGGAAACAAUUGGACUCACACUAGAGGCAGGAAAGUUCAAAAAGAUCGAGCUGGCGUGUCCCCACGCUGCUCGUUUGUGCCAGAAAGAAGAGUCAGUGGGUGCCACGUCCACAGCAGUGACUGCCGUGUAGUGACAAAAUGCCUCUGCGCUGGCUUUUGCCUGCUGAAGGAUUGGGGUUAGAGCUUCUUGGAGCGAAGCCCCAGGUGGUCCCCCUGGCAAUCAGCAGUCCAGAGAGGACCUGAUGCCCUAGGCAAAUCUCGUAUCUGGAGAUGGCCCUGAGAGCGAGCCCUCCUAACACCUUGCCUGAUCUUUCUCUGUAUUUCUUAACUUUCUUGUUUAUAGCUGACCGCUUACCAAGAGAUCAAAGUACGUCCUUGGCUCGGCUCCACUGUUCAAUAAAGCAGUCCUUGAGGAACUGAAGUAUGCCCCACGCCACAUGAGCCUGGGAAACUUUAUUAUUUAUGAAACAGAAGCGGCUAAGGUUAAUAUGUUACGAGGGAAUCAUCAAGGUGAAUCAGAUUUAGAGAAGAAAAGGAGAGUUAGAGAAAAUUCCCCUUUAUGAAAAGAUUAGCUAGAUCUCAGAAACCCUGGAGUCUUUAUAAUAAGAAGGAAAGAAAGGAAAUUAUUGAUAACAUGAGACUAGUUUUAAUAUAUUGGUAUAAGAACUAUCAUGAGAAAAUGAGAAAACUAUUAGGAGAUAUGGAACAAAGAAUAAAAACUAUAUAGAUGGAAAGCUAAACACAGGACCCUGAGAACUAGUCACCCACGGUAGAAAGUAAAUAAUGGUGUGAGACAGAAUUCUAAAAGACAAAACAAAACUAAAAGUCCUUGCCAACAUCUUGAGCACGGAAGGGGGAACACGUAGAAAGGAGCACGUAGAAGAAGCUCUAUUUUGGUUAUGCUUAAUCUUGAUUUAUGUCUGGAACCCUGAGUGGGGUGAUGUAAUGCACCUGCCAAGUUCUUUGAUCUGUUUUGUACAAAAACUGAAGCUUUGCAGAAGUAAAGUUGCAGCAGAUUUUCACUA